AUGGGAAGACCGAGAACAAGAUCAUUGACAAAAUCUGGAGCAGAUCAUAAUGAGAAUAUUGGAGAUAUUGAACAGACAGGAGAGAUUGAGAUUUCAUUGAUUCAGCCUAAGCCGAAUGUACAAACUCGACAAAAUAGAUUAAAUAUACAACCAUUUCGGCUAUCAAGUCAACAGCCCGGACAAUCUGGAUCUGGUCAAAGUAAACAAAGUCGAGUAAAAAGAAGCGCGUCAAUUGGUAGACCAAGAAAAUUUCAACUUAAAAAACGAUCAUUAUCGGAUAGUAGAUUAAAACGUAUGAGGCGAAAAAAAAGUGGCAAUCCUUCAUCCAGAACAAGUCGAGGAAAAAGUUCGGGUCUUGAUUUUCAACGUAAACCGAGAUCAAGGUUGCCUAAUGUUAAUUUAGUGCCAUCAAAAAGUCAAAGUCCAAUACGUCCUGAGAUUCGAAAUUUAAUUCAGGAUUCUCCCACAAGUGGGGAUAUUCCAAAUCUUAUUGAUCCUUCGAUGAUGCCGUAUAAUCCUAAAGUUUCAUUAUUGCAACAUCAAAAUCAGUUAAAAUAUCCUCAAACUCAUUCACAAGAAGAAAAUAUGAAUGGAUCAUCUUCGUCUCCUAAAAUGGUAAUAAUGCCACAAAUCAAUAAUAAUUGCAUACCAGUGCGUCAAAUUCCACCUCCAAGGGUUGUGCCAAUACCAACAAGUCGAACCGACGCGCAAUCACAGCAUACUCAUGCUCGUCCAGAGAUAUCUCAAGUUCAUGAGAAUGAAUUUAAUGAUAAUUCACAAUUAUCACAAAAUGAGUCUCAAAGAAUUCCUCCUCGUCCUAAUAAUCCUUCACAAAUUAAUCGUGUUUCUCAAACGGAAAAUAUUUCCUCACGUAAUAUUCAAGAUCAAUAUCCAUCUGAUAACCAUCAAUCUCCUUCUAUGAAUCAAGAAGCGUAUGUAGAUGCAGCUGAAUCAGCUCAGAGUGAUAACGCGUAUAAUACAGCACAUAUAUCAGAACCGCAAGAAACUGGCAGAACUUCGUGUGAUAUAUGUAAUUCGACGGGAUGUACAACUCAAAAAACAAGUACAACGAUAACAAUUAAAAUGACUACAGUUACUGAGGCCGAUCAGUAUGGAAACAUGACCACAAGGACUUUUGUAGAAACAAAUAUUUCACCUGUUACUGGUACAAUAGAAUCUGCAGAACAAACCGAAGUAACUGUUACAUCAAGCGAAAGUUCGAACGUGGCCCCAGCAACUACUUCUGUCGCUACGAAUCAAAAUAGAUCUAAUGAAACUCCACUUCAGGAACUUCAGGAAACGGACGUUCAUGAAGAAAACAUUCAAAAUCACACAGAUCGGCAAAUGAGUCAGAAACCUCAGGAAUUUGUAUCUACUUCCGCACCUACGUUUGAUCCUGCCCCUGAUCCUGUCUCUGGUCCUACGUCCGAUCCUGCUUCUGAACACGCUUCUGAACACGCUUCUGAACACGCUUCUGAACACGCUUCUGAACACGCUUCUGAACACGCUUCUGAACCCGCUUCUGAACCCGCUUCUGAACCCGCUUCUGAACCCGCCUCUGAACCUGAACCUGAACCCGACCCUGACCCUGUUUCCGAUUCUGCUCUCGAGCUUGUUCCUAAACAUUUAUCUAAAAUAACGGCGGGUCUCUCUUCACGUUCAACACAGAGUCAAGUUGCAAGACUUGAAAAUGCAAAUGUAAUGCAGCAUAAUCAGGCAUUGCAAAGUCUAUUGAAUAUAACGCAACAAAAUCAAUUAGAUUUUUCAUCAAGUACAAAUAUAUCACAUUUAUCGAUAAGUCAACAGCCAAAAACAAAUAGAUCAAUACCAGUUCAGAGUAAGUCGUCACUGCCUCGACCGGAGAGGUUAAAGCAUAAUAUAGAGAGUAUUGUUAAUCCGGUCGAUUCACCGACAAAAAAUAUUUCUAGAAGUACUUCGGGUUUAGUGAGGAAUCAACUUACCGAUUCAAUGGAUGAUGUUGUUAGGACUACUUCGGCUGCCGGUUCACGUAGUUCACAGGAUAUUAAUAGAGUUCCAGAUGGUAGUCCAUCAACGCAACCAUCACAGCAGAAUUCUAAUAAUAAGAAAAAAGUAACAAUUCCGAGGAAAAGAUCGGCGCCGAAAACAGCUGCCUCCCCUACGUCCAAGCGAAAAAAUCAGAGAUUGCAAAAUAAAAAGUCUUCAGAACCUCAAAUAGUUAUUAGCCCAUAUAUGAUGAAAGCCGGCAAUAAUUUUACAGGGAGUAACUCAUCUAUUCAAGAUAUUACAUUUUCGUCUAAUGAGGUUUGUUCUUCACAACCAAGUAGUUCAUAUAAACCUCUUACUUGUUCAACACAAAGUAUACCCUAUUUUAAUUCGGUGACGCCACCUCAUCCGCCUAUAUUUAAUGCCAAUGGUACGAAUACAAUUUCAACAAUUACUCCACCUCAUAUUAAUAGCUCAGAAAAGUCUCGCGGAACAACCUCCACGACGCCUCAUAGCAAUUCUACAAUACAGCCUAGCAAUUGUAGCACGCCUCAAGUUAGUUCGUCUAGUAAUAUUAUUCGAGAUUCCUAUAAUAAUCCAUUUUUCGUGCCGGGAAUUAGUGAAAGUUCUUCUGAAAAUACGCCCGUAGCACAUUAUAAUAACGAAAGAUUAAUUAGGUCCGGUAGUAGUUCAAAAACUAUUUCGACAAAUGGAGGUGGUGCUGGUUAUGAUUCUCGCAGCAGUUCCAUUGCUAACUCCAUUGAACAAUUACAACCUUAUUAUAACAUUCCUCCUAUUGAAACAGUGGGAUCAGUUACAGAUAUAUGGAAUGAAUGGAGUGAAGGAAUUAACGGGAAUCCGUCGGUGAUAUCAAUGAUGGAACGAUACGGAGUAAAGUGGGUUGUUGAAAAUGAGUAUCAUUUAAAGAAACGAAGAAUUAUUGUAAAAGAAGUCCAAGUUAGAUCAGAACAAAUUGGAAUUUAUGAGGCAUUGACAGAAUUAGAAAGGCUAAGAAGUGGGAAUUCCUUAUUGUGGCUAGCAGAUAGGAUUCGAACAAGAGAGCAAGAGAAAUGCCCACAAAUUACAAAUUGGCGUGUUUUCUUAUGA